AUGUUGAGGCUAGCGGCGAACAAGUGUUUGGGCCGUGCAGCGGCGUCGCCGUCGUCGUCUCGCUCUGUGGCUACCCGAUUCUAUCACGAGUACGUGAUAGACCACUUCAACAACCCUCGCAACGUCGGUUCCUUCGACAAGAACGACCCCGCCGUCGGCACCGGGCUGGUCGGGGCGCCGGCCUACGGCGACGUGAUGAAGCUGCAGAUUAGGGUCGAUGAGAAGACGGGGGAGAUCGUGGAUGCUCGAUUCAAGACCUUCGGCUGUGGCUCCGCAAUCGCGUCGUCUUCUGUAGCCUCUUUAGUCGUCCUCUUGUCGCCUUUCCGACACCGUUUUCCUCUUCGAAAAAAAGCAGUCGUCUGCCUCCUGAGGCUGCUUAAAUGA